AAAACUUCAUUUCUCUCUUCCCUCAGUUGUGGAUGACAAAUGUGCAAAUUAUUACUUACUGAAAAUUGUAUAAAUCCAACAUGUCUAAUAUAGCUGUGCAACGGAUCAAAAGAGAGUUCAAGGAGGUUGCGAAGAGUGAAGAGGGAGCAAAAUGUGAGAUCCGUGUGGAGCUGGUCAACGAUUCGUUCACAGAACUGCGCGGCGAGAUCGCGGGUCCACCAGACACGCCUUAUGAAGGAGGGAAGUACCACCUUGAGAUCAAGGUCCCAGAAACUUAUCCUUUCAACCCACCCAAGGUCCGAUUCAUCACAAAGAUAUGGCAUCCCAACAUAUCCUCUGUGACGGGUGCAAUCUGCCUUGAUAUCCUGAAAGAUCAGUGGGCAGCUGCAAUGACAUUGAGGACAGUGCUACUUUCGAUCCAAGCCCUGCUUUCUUCUGCCGAGCCUGACGAUCCCCAAGAUGCUGUCGUUGCCAGGCAAUAUAAGGAGAAUUAUGAUGUCUUUCUCAAGACUGCACGAUUUUGGUGUUCAUGCUAUGCUGGUGCACCGAAACAGGCUUCAAAUGGAUUUGAAGAGAAGAUAAAGUGGUUAACUGACAUGGGCGCCAAUGAACAGGUGGCCAUACGCACACUCUCUUCGUCUUCUUGGAACAUUGAGAAAGCCACUGAGGAGCUGUUCAGCUAGUGAUCCAUUCAUCAGGGAUAUUAUACUGCAAAUUCUUACAUUUUUUGUCUGAUGGAUGUCUUUUAGUGUCAGUGGUUGGUCAGAGCCAGUGGUUGGCACCAGCAUGAAGAGUGCUACCCAGUGCCUCAGUGAUUGCAUGCAUGUUCCCAGA